AUGAACCUGGCAAGCGGGCUCUCGUUCCUCGCCGCUUGUCUCCUUUCGACCGUGGCCGCACAGGGCUACAAGGAAGCGGUCGAGCUUUCGAUGGCGAAUCAUGAUCAUGUGCUCGGAAGUGCUCAGGUAGGAUCCUCUUCCCCUUCUCUAAAACCCGGUAAUUAUAGGUGGUUUUUGUCGCCUUCUGUGCCGAUUGGUGUCCGUUUUCGCGCCGUCUGAAGCCGAUCUUCGAAGAAUCCGCCCGUGUGUUCCAUCAGGAGAAUCCACAAGCUUCGGCCAUCUGGGCAAUUGUUGACAGUCAGAAACAGGUAUUUCACCCGAUUUCCAUCAGUAUCUAGGGAAAUAACAGUGGGUUGUAGGCCGACAUCGGCGACAAAUACUUCGUCAAUAAAUAUCCGACGAUGAAAGUGUUCGUUAACGGAGAGCUCAUUGCCAAAGAAUACAGGUGAGAAACAAUGAGAGAGGGCAAGCGAGAAUGAGAGAAGGAAUUCAGAUCUACCCGUUCUGUAGAAGCCUUGACCAACUUCGUGAAGUACCAGUUGUCGACUGCCAUGAACGAGUUCUCAUCCGAAGAUCAGCUGAGCCAGGAGAUGGACAAAUCGAAGAGAAACGUGGUCGCGCGGCUCAAGAAAGACGGACCCGAGUUCGCUCAUCUCAAGGUAUUCCUCCACUUUCACUUUCCAAUCUCCUGCCAAUCUUCCAGAAAGUCGCCUCAAUUCUCCGUGAGGAUUGCUCAUUCUGGGUGCCAACUGACAAUUUCGGAACUCAAACCACGGAGAACAGAAUCUCAUUCUUCGAUCCCGAUUCGAACGAAGAGACCAAGUUCACCGGAAACUUUAACGAUUACGAGUUUGUGAAGCAGUGGGUCACCGACAAGUGCAUUCCGCUCGUCCGGGAGGUCACGUUCGAAAAUGUGGAGGAGCUGACGGAAGAGGGCAUGCCGUUCCUCAUUUAUUUCCGCGAUCCGGACAAUAAAUCGACGGAUAAGGUGUUCGGAGAGGCUGUUGCCAGAGAGCUGUACGAUCAGCGAUCCGCGAUCAAUCCCCUCCUGGCCGAUGGACACAAGUUCGCUCAUCCGUUGAAGGUAUGUCGAUUAUGAGGCGAGCAGGGUUGUAGUGAGUGGAUUUCAGCAUCUCGGGAAGACGAAGGAGGACCUUCCGGUGCUGGCCAUCGACUCCUUCCAACACAUGUAUCUGUUCCCCGAUAUGACUCAAAUGAACGUGCCAGGGAAGCUCAGAGAGGUACGAUUAAUGAAAAUAACGUGUUAUCAAGGGUGUUUUUGCAGUUCGUGAUGGACUUGCAUUCCGGUAAACUGCACAAAGAUUUCCACGAGAACCUCGACCAACGAAUGAUUGAUCUUGCGAAGGCAAAGGCCGCCCGCGGGAUCACAGACGACCACGAGGCUCAGGCGCCGUCGGCCCGUCCGAUCGACACGACGCCCCCGCCGUCCGUCUUCAAAGAGCUCAAACCUUCCGACAAGCGGUACUCGAUCCUUCAGAAGAGCGAAUUGUAA